CUGUUCCCACAACUUCACUCCAUUUCCGGUAACCGCCUGUUGGAAGGUGCUGCCCAAGACCUCCGUGGGGGGCUAGAGUGGCAACGGCGCUAACGAGGUUCUAAGACGCUUCGACGGAUGGCCUAGAGCGUCACCCUUCCUAUUCCCUUCCCCCCUCCAACUUGUGUCUUCCAUUGGGGGGGGAGGGUUAAUCCUCCAACCAUCGAGACGGCCCUGGCCUCCUUAAGUACCAUAGAGAUUUGGACGUUCUACGCCCGCCCCCCUCUUCCGCCUGGGGCGCUUACGGGAGAGCAGCUUACUAGCCCACUUCCUGUUGGCCGAGAACGCGAGAGCAGGAGGAGAAGAGAGGAGAGGGAGGGGGUGGGGCAGCCCAAGGCAGAAGGAGCCGAGGAACCUCGGGUGGAAGGAAAUGGGCGUGAGAAGAGGCCGGAAGUAAAGCAAAGGAUACAGGAAGUGAAGGGGAGGAGUUGGGGUGAGGGAGGGGGCCAUAUGAGGAGGGGGAAGGGGGAGUUGGGUAGAAUUUGCAUUCAGAACCCAGACUGGGGGUAUGAGCCUGGGGGGCCCGAAAUAGUGCCAUUUCUCCCUUCUGCAGCGUAGGGGUCGGGCUGGGGUUGGGAAGGGCUAGUUAUCAAUUAGGCUUGGAAUUAAGAGCUCUCUCCUUUGGGCCAUUGGGCUAGAAACUGUGGCGCCAGAGUGUGUGUUUGGGUCAGGGCAUCUUUGUGGCCCCCCCCCCCCUUGGGGAGUAGGGAAGAGAAAGGGAGGCUGGGUUGUAAAAUUAAGGAGGAAGAAUCACCCUCAUUUUACCCCCUCCCUCUUCCGGAUCUCCCCUCCCUAGCCCUUGGCAUAUAACUCUCCCUUGUUGACUUGAGACUAAGAUGGCUGCCGUUGCCAUGGCACCCAACCCAGUCCAGACUCUUCAAGAGGAGGCAGUAUGUGCCAUCUGCUUGGAUUACUUUACAGAUCCCGUGUCCAUUGGCUGUGGGCACAACUUCUGCAGGGUGUGUGUGACCCAGUUGUGGGGUGGAGAGGAUGAAGAAGAGAGGGAGGAGGAAGAAGAUGAAGGGGAAGAAGAGGUGGAGGCAGUGGGUGCCAGUGGUGGGUGGGACACCCCAAUGCGAGAAGAUGAGUACGAAGGGGAUAUGGAAGAAGAGGAAGUGGAGGAGGAAGAGGAUGAGGAGUUUUGGACCAAUAGCAUCAAUGGCCCUACCUGGGAUAACAUGGAUUAUGUGUGGGAUGAGGAUGAAGAGGAAGAUUUGGACUACUACCUGGGGGAUGUGGAAGAAGAACUGAGAGGUGAGGAGGAGGAGGAAGAUGAAGAUGAGGAGGUGUUGGAGGAAGAUGAAGAGGAAGAACUAGAGCCAGCUACCCCUCCACCACCAGCCCCUGCUCCUAGGCGUAGAUUCACCUGCCCCCAGUGUAGGAAGACUUUUCCCCGUAGGAGCUUUAGACCCAACCUACAAUUGGCCAACAUGGUGCAGGUAAUUCGGCAAAUGCACCCAGCCCCUCGGAGAGGAAGCCGGGGAAAUGAGCAAGGUGUAUGCCCCAAGCACCAAGAGGCUCUGAAGUUGUUCUGUGAGGUGGAUGAGGAGGCUAUCUGUGUGGUAUGCCGGGAAUCAAGAAACCACAAGCAACACAGUGUGGUGCCGUUGGAGGAGGUGGUGCAGGAAUACAAGGCCAAGCUGCAGGGUCACGUGGAGCCAUUGAGGAAGCAUCUGGAAGCUGUGCAGAAACUGAAGGCCAAGGAAGAGAGGAGGGUCACUGAGCUCAAGAGUCAGAUGAAGACAGAGCUGGCAGCAGUAGCAUCAGAAUUUGGAAGAUUGGCACGGUUUCUGGCUGAUGAACAAGCUGGGCUAGAACGGCGCUUACGGGAACAGCAUGAAGCCCAGUUAGGGCGAGCAGGAGCAGCAGCGGGGCGCCUAGGGGAGCAAGCUACACAGCUAAGUAGACUGCUGGCUGAAGCACAAGAGCGAAGCCAACAGGGGGGACUUCGGCUGCUCAAGGACAUCAAGGAGACUUUUAACAGGUGUGAGGAGGUACAGCUGCAACCUCCAGAGAUCUGGUCCCCAGAUCCCAGCCAUCCCCACAGUCAUGACUUCUUAACAGAUGCCAUCGUGAGGAAGAUGAGCCGGAUGUUCUGUCAGGCUGCCCGAGUGGACCUGACUCUGGAUCCUGACACUGCUCAUCCAGCCUUAGCCCUGUCACCAGACCGACGUGGGGUCCGUCUGGCAGAGCGGCGUCAGGAACUCCCCGACCACCCCAAACGAUUUUCAGCUGAAUGCUGUGUGCUGGGUGCCCAGGGCUUCCGCUCUGGUCGCCACUACUGGGAAGUGGAGGUGGGAGGGCGGCGUGGUUGGGCUGUAGGGGCUGCUCGUGAAUCAACUCGUCACAAGGAGAAGGGGGGACCACCAGGGGGUUCUGGGGGUGGUAGUGGGGAUGCCACACCAUCCCGCCACCACCAUCGCCGCAGACGGCCCCAUUUGCCCCAGCAGCCAAUGUUUCAAAGGGAGGUGUGGUGUGUGGGCACCAAUGGGAAGCGCUACCAGGCACAGAGCUCAACUGAGCAGACGCCUUUGAGCCCUGGUGACAAGCCACACCGAUUAGGGGUAUACCUGGACUAUGAGGCAGGACGACUGGGCUUCUAUAAUGCUGAGACUCUGGGACAUGUACACACCUUCUCAGCUGCCUUUCUGGGUGAGCGGGUCUUCCCCUUCUUCCGGGUGAUUUCCAAGGGCACCCGAAUCAAACUCUGCCCCUGAAGCACCCCAAUGCUUGUUUCCCCCCCCCCCCAAACUUCCCUUAUCUUGGUAGGGGUUAAGGAUGGUUCCUCAAGCUGGGGGGGGGGGAGGCAGAGAGGGGUUCUCUUCAACUCUUGUUCUCCUAUGUUCCCACUUCCAGUUUUCAUUCUUAUCUACUCUGUCCUCUUAUCCUUGUCUAUAGUUGGGUAUGGGUCCCUGAAAUGGAAUUGUUAAACAAUCUGCUUUUCCUGCAUAUUCUACCCUACCCCCUCUCCAAUUCCAUCUCUAUUUUUUGUCUACCAAAAUGAAUUUUAUUUGGGGGAGGGUAUUCGAGUUGUUUUUGUAUUUAAUGGAGUAAGACCCUUCCCCUCGACAUAUAUACAUAUAUAUAUAUAUACACCUUUCUGUCAGCUAUCUAUAGCUGAGGGGGAAAUAUGGGGAGGUUGGGUUCCUCUAAGGUUCUUUUGUCUCUCAGAUCAGAACCAUAAUGGUUGCCACUCGUAUGGUUUUGUUCUUUUUCACCUCUGCCUCCUACUCCAUUCCUUUUUAUCCUGUUCUGCUGCUCACUUGCCUCCCACCUCCAUUUCCUGAAGGAGUUUGUCACCAAAACACGUGACUCUAGUGUCUCAGGCUCAGAUUCCCCUUCCCUCUCCCCAGUUUGUGGCUUGCAGCAUCCCCUACUUGACAGCCCACUAGGGGAGGUAGGGAUCAGUUUGAUCCUUUGAGAAGAGUCUUGGGCAUAGUCUCUAUUUUUCUAGAACCCUUCACUUCCAGUUUGGGGGCUUAUUCCAAGUUGGAGGUAACCCUCCCACCCCACUCUGUAUUUCUUAUCCUCCUGCCUUUCUCUGUACUGCUCUUUGGCCGAGGUUGGUUUAGAGGAAAACUGAGGGGUGGGAGUGGAAAAUGGUGUGUAGAAAUGGACAAUAAAAGUUUACUGUUUAUCAGUUUCAGUGAGUAUAGUUUUAUUUUAGCUUGUGAGUGAAGAUGCUAUCCAGUCCCUUCCAGUGAGUGGAGUGCCACUCUGCAUGAAAUAGGGGCCUUUAUCUAAUGGAAGUAACUGGAGGAAAUUGAGCUGUGACACACAUAAAGGUCUCAAGUUUUAGGGAGGUAGUGCCACCCCACAAAGUACAUACCUGUAAGUGCUAUUUGAUUUUCUUUGGAUCUUUUUCCUCCUCUACCAGGCUCUGCCUUGAUUACCUUAAGUUUUCUUCAUCUGUUCUGCUUUUCAUUUUCUUAUCUUCAUUUUUAUAAGAUCUCAUUCUCCAUACCCCUCUCACACAACACCCUUUAAAUGGGAAUCUUUCUUGCCCCUUUCCUUGAAGGCUUUCCAUUCUUUUUGGUGCUGCUUCUUUUGCUGCAGUUUCCUACCCAAGUUACGCUUUAAACAACUCAUCUUCCCCAUAUAUUUGGAUUUUCCUCCACUAAGCCCAUUCAUUAACACCUCCCACUCCACUUUUAACACCAAGGGAACUGAAUUACCACUAACAUCCAAUAACUAAAAGAAAUAAACCAGAAGGAAGAUACAAUUCACAGUGCUUUUAAGAGAAUUGUUGAGAUGGAAAGAAGUCAUCUAAAUGCAAUGUCCACUUAAACCCAUGUAAGGGUCCCUGUGCUCAUGGCAUGACUUAGAAAACUACACAUAAUAUUCUGUUGUAUUUUUAUUUUAUUAAAACAUUUCCUAGUUGCAUUUUAAAUCUCGUCUAGCCACCUUCGUUUAGAUCAUUUUAUAGAUGAACAAACAGGCACAAACAUUUAAGUGACUUAGCCAAACAAAGCCCUAUUUCAAAUCCAG